AUACUCUCUCUCUCUCUCUUGCACACAUACCCACACACACACACACACACACACACGCGCGCGCGAAAACAAUAUCUCAUUUCUUCUUCAGGGAGCAGCUGUGAAGGAAAUCGGGGGAGGAGGAUGGACACAACAUCCCAUCUUUGUGUUUCGAUACAGACUAAGCUUUUAGGCCAACCCUCCUGACUGGAUGGGGGCGGCGGGCGUGGCAUGCAUGAAAAGUAAACAUCAGAGACCUGAAGAAGCUUAUAAAAUAGCUUGGGAGAGGCCAGUCACCAAGACAGGCAUCUCAAAUCGGCUGAUUCUGCAUCUGGAAACUGCCUUCAUCUUGAAAGAAAAGGUCCCUUCUCCAGCCACCCAGCCCCAAGAUGGUGAUGCUGCUGCUGCUGUUUUCCGCACUGGCUGGCCUCUUCGGUGCGGCGGAGGGACAAGCAUUUCAUCUUGGGAAGUGCCCCAAGCCUCCGGUGCAGGAGAAUUUUGACGUGAAUAAGUAUCUCGGAAGAUGGUACGAAAUUGAGAAGAUCCCAACAACCUUUGAGAAUGGACGCUGCAUCCAGGCCAACUACUCACUAAUGGAAAACGGAAAGAUCAAAGUGUUAAACCAGGAGUUGAGAGCUGAUGGAACUGUGAAUCAAAUUGAAGGUGAAGCCACCCCAGUUAACCUCACAGAGCCUGCCAAGCUGGAAGUUAAGUUUUCCUGGUUUAUGCCAUCGGCACCGUACUGGAUCCUGGCCACCGACUAUGAGAACUAUGCCCUCGUGUAUUCCUGUACCUCCAUCAUCCAACUUUUUCACGUGGAUUUUGCUUGGAUCUUGGCAAGAAACCCUAAUCUCCCUCCAGAAACAGUGGACUCUCUAAAAAAUAUCCUGACUUCUAAUAACAUUGAUGUCAAGAAAAUGACGGUCACAGACCAGGUGAACUGCCCCAAGCUCUCGUAACCAGGUUCUACAGGGAGGCUGCACCCACUCCAUGUUACUUCUUCUGCUUCGCUUUCCCCCACCCCACCCACCCCUCAUAAAGACAAACCAAUCAACCAUGACAAAGGAAGUUGACCUGAACACGUAGCCAUGCCCUACCCUGUUACCUUGCUAGCUGCAAAAUAAACUUGUUGCUGACCUGCUGUGCUCGCAGUAGACUCCAA